CAGUGGCUAAUACCGAAUUAGGGAUGCUCAUGGAUGAGUUUGUGGACACAUUUUUGCAUUAGAUAUUUAAUUUACUCAUUUGGUCUUUCUUAAGAAGAAUCUCAUCUCAUGUUGUUUGACAGAGUGAAUGUCUCUGUUGGAGAGAGUGAAGAUAGACUGAUGAUGACUGGGGUGCAUACAGUAGCUGAUAUUUUCUGUGUUGGUUGUGGAUCAAUCGUUGGGUGGAAAUAUGAGACUGCUCAUGAGAAGAGCCAGAAGUACAAGGAAGGAAAAUCCGUCCUCGAAAGGUUUAAGGUUUCUGGUCCAGAUGGAAGCAAUUACUGGGUCAGUCAAGAGGCACAGAUUGGUGGAAGUGAUGCAGAUGAUGUCUGAUUACAAUUCCAACUGUACAUUCUUUAAGCAACAAGUUUGUGGUUUAACUUUUGAAUUCUUAAACUGGGUAUUCCUCAACUCGGCACCGUGCUAAACGGCACUGUGAAUAACCUAAUUGGAAUUGGAAACAGUCGAGUGUCGAUUCCGAUUAA